GUCGGAGGCAGCGUGGUAUCGGGAGUUAAUGUUGUUUCUAUGUAACCCUAGGUGCGUUUAUUACCUCUACUUUAUUCCAAAUGAUUCACCUUCUCUGUGUUUGGAUCUUUGUGUAUAUAUAUACGUCUUAUUGAACAAUUGAAAUCGACGCACCGGGUGUUAGUUGUGUUCUCUUUUAUAAUUUUUUGAGCCAUGGUAUCUUCACUGCUAAAGAUGGUAGAAGAAUGCAUCCCUAUUGAGAAAUUGACGCUGGAAUCCAAGAACAGUGCGAUUACAGCACGGGUGUCGCGCCUGUGGGAUUCUUACAGAUUUCACGAUGAAAAAGACCUACUAAGUACAGAUAUGGUGCUCAUUGAUAAACAGGGCUCAUAUAUCCAUGCCUCCAUCAAGGGGAGUAUUUCGCAUUUGUUCAAAAAACGUAUUGCUGAAGGAAGUGUUUACUAUAUUAAGAAUUUCAAUGUUGUUCCCAAUAAGGCCCAGUAUCGUGUUGUUGGAGACAACAAGCUCAUGAUUCAACUUUAUCCAACUACAGUCGUUAGAUCUCUUUCAGAGGACUCCCUGGGAAUACCAACAUUUGCAAUACCGAAUCAUCGGUUUGAUUUACUUGAUUUUGAUAAGGUGGAGUCUAGAAUGGGAGAAACAUACAUUUUAACUGGUGAGAUCAGAGCUGAAAAAGUGCGGGUUACACUAUGGGGUGAGAGUGUUGAUAACUACAUGAGACAAAAAUCAAUGCUUGAAAAUGGAAUCAUUGUUGGAGUUUUCACGUCAACCUUGGUCAAGCGAUACAUGAACAAUGCUGUUUUGUCAUCAACUUCAGCUACAAAGAUUUAUUUAGACCUUGACAUUGAUGAGGUUAUUGCCUUAAAAAAGAAGAGCAGUUCUUCGGCAAGGGAACAUAUAAUCCAACCGCUUAUCAUUGAGCAACAAGAAGAGCUGGAUCGAAAUGCUGUUUUAAGCAAAUUGAAAACCAUUGGCGAGGUUUUAGCAAUUACAAAGACAGAUUUUAAAGAUGGCACUCUACUAUUUUGUGUUGCUACAAUAUAUGACAUCCACAACAACAAUGGAUGGUACUACAACUCAUGUGGCUGCAAGGGAAUAAUUAAGGCGUACGGACGAAAUUUUUGGUGCAAGAAGUGCAAUAAGACAGUGAAUGAUGCCAUUCCAAGAUUUCGAAUUGAAUUAGGAGUCAAGGAUGCCACAGAUUGUACGAAGUUCAUUGUGUUUGAUGAUGUUGCUGAGAAGAUGAUAGGACAAUCUGCCCCUAGCAUAUAUGAUAUGCAAGAGAAACUGGAGGAGAAUGAAGGUUCGGUGGGCGAAGUACCUGCUAUUAUUGCAAACCUUAUUGGGCAACGAUUGGUUUUCCGUGUCAAGCUAACCGAAUACAACAGGACUGCAUAUAGACAGAGUUUCACAGCAAAUAAGGUUUUGGAGGAAUCAAUUUUGGAACCACCAAGGAAUGAAGAGCUAGCGCUCUGUGAUGAUGGACCAAGUAAAAGAAGACGUUUAAGUGAGGAUUUUACUCAACGUGAGGGGAAAGCACUACAAGAAUGAGAAGCUAAAUAUGGCACAACUUCCACUGCUGCUUUUGGUCUUCAUAUUUAUAUUACUGCAAAUAAAGGAGUAGUUUCCCA